AUGGCUGCUCCAAAGCCAGAAGUUGGUGAUAUCCUCUUGGUCAUCCACGAUUUUAUCGCUCGCAGCUCCGACGAAUUGAGCCUGACCAAAGGCGACCGAGUCGAGCUGAUUGAGCGCGAUGAUGAAUUUGGCGAUGGCUGGUUUUUGGGCAAGCACAUGGUGAACGGAAACAGCGGCCUGUUUCCCGAAGGCGGCAAGAGGCUCACUCUCCGUGGCUCAGUCUACACCAGGCCAUCCCCCAAGACCGCUCCGACCAACAACUUCUCGAAACCACUGGCGACACUGCCCGAGGUGGUUAACGAACCUAAACAAACAAACACGACGGACGCCGCCGUUCCCGACGAGGAGAUUGCUGCCCCCGCCACUCCACCCGCUUCGACGCCGCCUGCCGAGUCGCCCGCUCCCGUCACUCUGCCGUUGAACAACAUCAAGCAGGAGACGGCCCCGAUCGAAAAUGCGCCGCCAACGCCGAACCCGCCGCCUUCGGCAGCCCUGGGCCGUCUCAACACGAACCAGGACCACGUACUGAGCGAGACCCUCAACGUAAUCGAAGAGCACAUCACCGAUCUGCGCUCUACGCCCAGCAAUGGCGCAAUGCGAGCCCCUCCCACCGAUUCCGGCAGCGAGUACAGCGCUCAACUCGAUCACCGAAUGUCCUACAUCCAUGGCGAAGAGACGGACGAAGAGGAGGAGGCCAUGCACAGCCGUUCCGAGGUGGAGGCGUGGUCGUCGGAUCAGGUUGCCGAAUACCUCUUCACAGUCGGCGUUGAGAAGUCGCACUGCGAGGUCUUCCGAGACCAGGAGAUCACCGGCGAAGUUCUCUUGGGCAUGGACCAGAGCUCCCUCUUCAUCAAGGCUUUUGAGUUGGGAUCUGUCGGCAGGCGGCUCAAGACGUGGCAGAAGAUCAAGUCUCUUCAGGAUGAGUGCAACAACCUGGGUACUAUGACUAGGAGGACCACCCAGACGUACGGCAGCGAUGUCGGCUCGGAGGAUGCUAGGCGGUCACGAAGCCGGGCCGACACCCUGACCAGGAGGACACCCGUGGACGACAGGGCCAUGUCAUUCUCGAGCAAGCGCCUCUCCUUCUCGCAAACGCCCAAGCUGGACACCACGUCCAUCGUCUCGCCAGUCUCCCCGAUUGCUGACAGCCCGACCCGACCAACCCAUAUGAAACGGCCUUCGGCUGCUUCUGUCAGGGAUCUGCACCACUCCCGCAGGCACUCGUCCUCCACCGACUUCCGUUUGACGGGAGCACCUCUGAACAGCACAGUGACACCGAAGCUGGCCACGAGUGGAACGUUUCCUCAGACAGAUGGCGUCCAUAAAAAGCAACCCUCGUUCGACAGAAACUGGACCCUCGGCAGCGCCUCAACCAGACCCCUUUCUUCUACCGGACUCCAAGACAUCAUGCAGCAGUCUGGCCUACACGCUCCGGAGUCCGCCAUUGACAACGACCGAGGGUACUUCAGCGGCACCGAAGUCGACGGCCGACGCCGCAACGUGCUUAGAAAGCGCGACAGCGUCGCCAGUCACACCCACAAGAACAGCUACGCCGACGAGCAAAGAGUACGCAGCGCCACUGCUAUCUCGAGGCACUCGAGGUUUGGAAGCGUCGAUUCGAACCGCGACAGUGUUGCUUCGCCGGCGGCGCAAAAAUACUACAACAUUCAGUCCAACGCCCACAGAAGGACCGCAUCGACAAGCACUACGCAGUCCGCGCGGCCGGUGCCACCCGUCAAGGACGUCGGAGCACCCAGCGUCACGAAGCUGGAAGCCAAGGCUCGCGCCUCUCCAGUGCCAGAGUCGCCAGCAUCGCGUCAAGGCAUCCAUGCCGAUUGGCUCUCCGCUGUCGUGAAGCCGUCGGUCAAGGUCACCGGGCUGCGGGCCAUCUCGGAUUCAGUAUCGGGAGACCGCAACAAGAUGGCCUCGCCAGUCGACCCGUCCCUCAAGGACUCACCUCUGCCCUCGCCCGCUAGGACCGGAUCGAGUACACCUUCCGCCGGACCGAGCUUCGAACUUGAUUCGCCUGACACAGCAAAGAGCCCCAGCACCGCGACGACCGUGGCGAGCAAGGGCAGCAGAAAGAAGGGCAAGAAGGAGACGAGUGCCUACCAGCGUGGCCUGCUCAAGAUCAGUCCGGUAGAGGCCGUCAAGGAUGCCGACUACAGUGGAUGGAUGAGAAAGAAGAGCUCCAACCUGAUGACGACCUGGAAACCCCGACUGUUCGUGCUCAAGGGCCGCCGGCUAUCAUACUACUAUUCAGAGAACGACCAAGAGGAGAAGGGACUCAUCGACAUCUCCUUCCACCGUGUUCUGCCGGCCGACAACGAACAGCUGACUGGUCUCCACGCCAAGCUUACUGGUGCCGGAACGGCCACCGCCCGCGACGCGGACUCCUCGGUGGAGAAGGGGGAUGACACCAUGUUCAUCUUCAAGCUUGUUCCGCCGCGCGCAGGCCUUUCCCGUGCCGUCAACUUCACGAAGCCGACCGUCCACUACUUUGCAGUUCCCAACCUCAAGUCGGGACGACUGUGGAUGGCGGCUCUCAUGAAGGCCACCAUUGACCGAGAUGAUACCCAGGCGAUAACAACGACGUAUCAGCAAAAGACCAUUUCCCUCGCCAAGGCCAGACAGAUGCGGCACCGCCCCCCUGCGCUGAUGAACCUAGAAGAGGCUCAAGAAGACCAGAAGAGGAGGGCGGAGGAGGCGAAGAAGAACGCAGACUCCCUCGGCAUCACAUUCGGCGAGACCGACAGCGGAGUUUCGGGCAUGGAGAAGCCGAACUUACCCAAGGUCGAAAGUGCGAACCCCCGGAAGUUGGCCUUUGAAUCGGAGAAUGACGGCGCAGCCGGAGCACCACAGAGUGCUUAG